GCCAAAAAUAAGCGGCUGGUAUUGGGCGCGCUGUAUUCUCUGGGUUUUCUUUCUCCAAAACCGCAUUCUACGCUCCACGCCUCCUUUGUCCUCACCAAUCUUAGACCAUGGCAAAAUCAAAAUUUAGAGAGAAUAUCCAAACGGAGCUGUGUGGAAGAAGAUGAGCGUGAUAGACAUUCUGUUCAGAGUCGAUGAUAUAUGCAGAAAAUAUGAGAAAUACGACAUCGACAAGCAGCGUGACCUCAAUUGUUACGGCGAUGAUGCCUUUGCUCGUCUCUAUGCCUCUAUUGAGUCCGACGUCGAUGCUGCUCUUCAUAAAUCUGAGGUGGCAGCAAUGGAGAAUAACAGGGCUUCUGCGGUUGCUAUAAAUGCAGAGGUUCGUAGGACUAAGGCUCGAUUGGCUGAAGAAGUUGUUAAACUCAAGAAAUUGGCUAACAAGAAGGUCAAAGGGCUUUCAACAGAAGAACAAGCCAUCCGUCCUGACCUAGUUCUUGGACUGAUCGAGAGGAUUCAAGCCAUACCAGAUGGGACAGCAGGAGGAGCCAAACAAGCUGGAGGACGGGCAGGAUCAUUGACAAAUCAAACUAUCAAGUUUGAUUCAUCAGACGAACACCUUCAUGGUGAUUUUUUUCAACAAAGUGAAGAAUCAAGUCAGUUUAGACAAGAGUAUGAAAUGCGGAAGUUAAAACAGGAUCAAGGUCUUGAUAUCAUAUCAGAAGGACUGGACACAUUGAAAAAUUUGGCUCAAGAUAUGAAUGAGGAAUUGGACAGGCAAGUUCCUUUAAUAGAUGAAAUUGAUACAAAGGUGGACAAGGCAACUUCAGAUCUUAAAAAUACAAAUGUUAGGCUGAAGCAGACACUUGUCCAGAUAAGGUACAGUAGAAACUUCUGCAUUGAUAUUAUUCUGCUCUGCGUGAUCCUGGGAGUGGCUUCAUACAUUUACAAUAUUUUGAGGUGAAUGGACUUCAUUGGCUUGUUAUACUGCUGCUUGAUCAUAAUGUUGUUUGGUUUAAUAAUUUUCAUUAUCUGAGGGCUUUUUGUAUUCUUCCAAUAUCGCCAGCAUAUAUUUGAUUUAUACUGCCCUCAAGGAGUUCAUUUGCAUUUACCUUUGCCUUCUGUAUCAACCAUUUGACAAUAAUCAUAUGGGCUUUAUGCAUAUGAACAAAGAUGUAAUUGUACAACUGUAAUAUGUUACAGCUCUUUUGCCUGCCA